UAUGCCACUGACAGCCGAGACGUCAGUUGGCAUGAGCUUACACCAACUACCUAAACACAACAACGCCCACUGACACUAAACCGCGUGGUCUCAACUGUCAAAUCAAACGCCAACUCAACACCCGAAAAAUUCCUGAAAAAUCAAUUGCCCACCCCCAUCGAAAACCACCCCAAUUAAUCAAUUCACCCACCCCAAUUGAAAAAAAAAAUAAACAGGCAAAACGUUAAUGUAAAUACACGCGAUUUUGUGACACAUAAUUUUCAUUGCGUUACGUAAAACUGUGACCCGAACCUAGUGAGCACCAAAAUCGAUGAAAUCGUUAUUGAGAUAAAUAGAGUGGAAUUGAGGGUUGGAAAGAUGCACGGUGGUUUUAAUUUGUUGAAAUCAUCGGGAAGUGGAUUUUACAGAGAGGAUUUUGAGUGUUGUGCUUGAUUAUUGUAUAUUCAAUUGGAAAAACAGUUUGAGGGAGAAUUAGUUAUGACGGACGUUGCGAAGGAGGCGUUUGCUUCGAGUAAUUAUGGAUUGGCUGUGGAGAUGUAUGAGAGGAGUUUGAAGAUGCAGGGAGCGAAUUUGGAGGUGCUCCUGGGGUAUGGGGAUUCGUUGGCUAGAUCUGGAAGAGUUAGGGAGGCAUUUGAUGUUUAUUCAAGGUGUAUGGGAAUUGCUGCUGUACCUCAGGAGAGACUCAAGCAUUUGGCUAGUGCUCUUCUUGAGGAUUUGGUGGGGCUCACCCAGAGGAAGAUCAAUCUGGGUUCAUUCAAUUGUGCCAGCUGUCAGGGUACGUUGCAUUUGCCGGUUACUGGCUAUUGUGGACAUACGCAUUGCAGGAGUUGUUACGAGGGGGGCAAGUGCUGUGCGGCUUGUGGACAAAAACUUGGAGAUGUUGGGGAGACCAAUGUGUUGGUUCAGAGACUCGUGGAGAAGUGGUGGCCCAGGGAGGCCGAGGCUACCAGGGCGAGACAUGAAGGUGAUCUCCUUUUGAAGGAUGGACAUCCGGCUCAGGCACUCGAGAGAUAUAAUCUUGCUGUUAAACUUGCACCUAAUAGUCCAUUACACCUGAGUAACCGAGCCCACGCACUUCUGCUUCUGAACAGACCCCAGGCUUCCCUGACAGACGCUGAUCAUGCAGUCAGACUGCGACCGGAUUGGGGCAAGGGCCAUUACAGAAGAGGAGUUGCGCUGUCAGCACUCGGGAGACAUGAGGAAGCCUUUUUUGCAUUGUGCACUAGCGUUGCUAUUGAGAAAAAUACCGUGAACGUUCGACACGAAUUGACAAGGGUAUUACACCGAAUAUUAUCGACAAAUCACCGUCGAAAAAGUCCGCCGACACCUCGUAGUCCCUACAGCGUAAUAUCAGAGAGCAACGCCCGCGUGAGAAGAAACCGUGACCAUCAUUAUCAUCACCGUCGACCCCUGAUGAGUCCAAAUCAGCGUCACCGUCGUCCAGCUCUCAAUUCAUCAGACUGCGAGGACAACAGCAGCAGCGAGGAGGAAUUCACUCAGGCGAUAUGCCGGAGGCUACUCUUCAAUAAUGUACCUCAGCCCAAUGUCAAGUUCCACACCAUCUUGGAUCGGGUUUACCAGGAGAUCGAGAAAUUGAAGAGAAUAGAAUCAAUGCCGGCAGAAAUUCUACUACCUCCAUUAUCAAGUGGCACAAGUUUGAGUGAUUUAGAUUGCGUUCUGUGCUGUCGAUCGCUGUGGAAACCAGUGACAACACCUUGUGGACACACAUAUUGCUGGAUGUGUUUGGAUCGUUGUCUGGACUACUCCUCAGCUUGUCCAUUGUGUGUCACUUCUCUAGCCGAUUAUCUGGCGAGUAAUCAGAAAACGGUGACCGAAUUCGUGGAGAAAGCACUGAUGACAAUAUCUCCAACGGAAUAUGCAUCGCGUGCAGCUAGCCAUCGACUGGAAUUAGUUCAAGAUCUCGGAAUUUUGGGAAGUCAACAGAUUGCUGUUUUUGUAUGUACCACUGCAUUCCCGUGUGUUGCUUGUCCAUUAUUCGUUUACGAGCCAAGAUACAGACUGAUGGUUAGGAGAUGCCUUGAGAGUGGUGUCAGACACUUUGGCAUUGCCGCUUGUCUCAACAAAGAUGCAACAGGUAGUAAAAGAUACGCUCAAUACGGCACCGUCCUAGAAAUUCGAGAUCGUGUCUUGAUGAAAGACGGAUGUAGCAUACUGAGUACAGUUGGCGGUAGAAGAUUUAGAGUUUUGUCGGGAGGUGAAAGAGAUGGUUACGACACAGCUAAGGUAGAACUCUUACGAGACUCGUCUGUACCACAGGACCAUCUUCCGAGUCUACAUGAACUUCAUUAUAAGGUAUGGCUGAAGGGGCAGCAGUGGUGGUCGACAGUAUCUCUCCAUCAACAAACAGAGAUUCAACGAGUAUUCGGCAAGAUUCCAGCUCCUGAGGAUGAGUGGUGGCGUCUUCCUGAUGGUCCCUCCUGGACCUGGUGGAUCCUCGCGAUUCUUCCCUUUGGGCCACAACUCCAAGUUGGAAUUCUGGGGACAACGAGCUUAGAGAAGCGACUGAGAGCCAUAGAAAAAACCCUCAAUCACAUGGAGAAGCGACAGCUGACUAUAACAUCACCAUCAUCAGAAGACACCACUACAUCAUCCAGCAUCUGCAGCGAUGGGAAUAACAUCACCACAUCCACAAUUUCCAUCGUGCACUCAUGAAUAAUCAGUAAAAGAUUUGAAAAAUUAAUGAUCCACUCGCUAUUUUCAUUUCCGUCUAUCGAAUAAGACAUUUGUACCACGAUAAUCAGACUGAUAAUAAUUUCAAUUACUUGAUUAAUAACCCUAGGCCCGUUUAAUUAUGUAACGAAUGUUGCUACUCUGGGAAUAAUCCACAAUAUUUAAUGUUAAAUACUAGUCUUAAUACUUUACGCACAAAAUACUAUUGGUUAAACCGAGGGAAAAACUUAAUAUCGAGAAAUCAUUGUCAUUGGAUUUCUCUGUGGAGUUUUUAGUUGUGACAGUUCAAUCCUAAACUGUUAAUUUAACAACUGCAGUUUUUAUUGCUAAAUAUCCCAUCGAAAUUUCAAGGGAAUGUCACCGGGAGAAUUUUUCAAUUCAGAGAAAGAUUAUGAUUUCUCCCUAUUGUUCAUGAUUUGAGGUUCUGAAUUCUCGAAUGGUACAAAUUUUUAGAGACAUAUCCUGAAGAGUCAUGAAUUCUCCAGGCGAUAUUUCCACUUUCUUUCUGAAAUGAAGACACAAAUCUGUUCUUCCAUGAUUACAUAUUUUACUUCUACUAUUCUAUAUAUAAUAUAUAUCUACAUAUAUAAUAUAUAUACACACAUUUCUAUGUAUACAAUACAGGCGCUUGAUGAAAUUGCGGUAAUAAUACGGCAAUAAUUCCAGAGGUGCGAAACUUUGUAAUAAAUUAUGAUAAAAUUGUCGUAAUGGAAGAUUUGUUUUUGUGAGUGCUCACAGAAAUUCAGCUUUCACGUUAAUUAUUUGAGGUACAUUAUGAGAUUCUCACAUGAUGCUUAAAGAUUUAAGAUUCAUAGGAGAUAGAUAAAGGGACUCUAAUGCAAUCAUUCAAUUCCAUAACAAUCAAGAUGUUGAUUGUAGGUAGCAAUAGGUUCUCGUGGCGUAUGCCUUGCCAAACAAAACUCAACAUUGUUCUUACAUCGGAAGAAAUAAACAAUGGAGGUAAAGAUUUGAAUGAAGAUGACCCCAAAGUUUUGCUGAAGGAAAAUGCUUCUCAUCCCUUAAAUCGUUGGACUCAUCUCCUUCAAUCACUUGAACCACUGAAAUAUUUCCUCAGUCUCAAGAAAUAGACAAUAGUCCGACCAAGUUGUUGUGAAUUGUUUCUUCGGUACAACGAUCGUUGCUCGCAAGACGAGAACCUCUUUUACAAAUUUUUCAUACGAUAAAAACAAAAACCUAAAUAUUUUUUUAUUCAAAACUGAUUCCAUCUCUCUAUAAGACUUCGCGUAUACGGUAGUGCAUAGUAUUUAUUCUCACCGAUAUUUUUCCGAAUGAUUGAGGUGACGAAAAAUUGAGGGGAAAAAUAAUGAAGAAAGUUUGGACACGUCAUAUCAACGAUGCAAUCAAGUAUUCACUAUUGACGUUUAUACAUACGAAUCAAUAUUUCAAGUUGAUAUUUAAGAUUUGUCGUAUUGGGCCUUGAGAUAAAAAUUUUGGUGCAUGAUUCAUCGGCGACUUGCCAGAUAUUUUUCAAUCUCGCUGUUUGCAUUUUCCCGAGAUCAUUCUCACGUUAUAUUUAUGAUGUUUCUUUGUCCUUUAUCGAGAAAAGUUAAGAUACAUCGGGUGUGCAUACAUGCGUCUCUCCUUUCUCUGAUAUUUUGUCUUAGAAUUUUCUUGACACUUUUAUAAACGAAUCAUGCAUUGUGAUAUUACUCUUUAGCUUUUCCCGUACAUUUCAUAAGAAUAUUGCGAUACUAUUUCUCUUGUGCGAUGCCAUUAUUGUUUUUUUCAUUUUUACUUCAAGUGUUUAUAUUUAUCUUCAUUUCUUCAUA